AUUGCUACUUCGAAUUAACAAACUUUAGAACUUUGUGAGUUGUGAGUCUCAAAUUUUGGUUCUAAACUUUCUGAAUUUUCAAUUUCAAACACAAAUUAUCCAAGAAAUUUUGAUUAUAUCUCAAAAUAAUUCAAUUCAUAUCCUGACGAUGAGAUUGACAGGAGUGUUGAGUCUGGAGAAUCCUCGUUUUCUUUGAACACUACGACCAGUAUUGAACUGAGUGCUGAAACACCACAGCAAUAUCUGCAUAACAAGCACUAAACGCCCCAUACCACUGCACUUAACAACGCCGUCGAACAGCAACAAGAUGACCUCUACGUUGCGCGGAGGAGAAAGUGCUUUCACCGCGAAGCGUUCUUUGCGUCCUGCCUGUCUCCUUCGUGGCCUGUUUCUCCACGUUGUAACCCUGCUGUUUUUACUCCCCUGUCUUGGCAAUGCUACUGGGGUUCCCGUUCGCAGCCUGAGAGGCCUUGCUUCGACACCGUUGAACCGAUGGAAUUGGCCUAGGCGUUCUCCUCUGUUAAGGCCUAAGUAGCUCUCUGGAACUAGGAUAGGAUUAGAGAACCAUGGCUCUAGAAAGACUAUGGGGAACCAGUUAGAGGAUUAUUAUUUGGUGUAGAAGUCAAGGUAACAGAAUUGAGGAGAACAGACCCCCUAGGCACUAGAAUGAGAAGAUACAGAGUCAAGCUAUCAGAAGACCCCCUAAGCACUAGAAGGCUCGCGAGGAAAAGAUCAAGGAAUUAUAGAUACAGAAUGAGAAGAUAGAGAUUCAGGCUCGCAAUCAAUGAAUAGAUGGUGAUCUUGGGUGUUAAGUAGAGAAAGAAGGUUAAGUAGAGUAAGAAGUAGCUAUUCAUCAGGCGCCUCUAACUCUUGCCCCUACCCGUGACGUCGCCCCUGCUGGAGGUGCGGGCUCUACCAAGACGGCGAAUACAAGUGACAAGCAAGACAGUGGUAGCGCCUCUGCGACGUCCAUUAAGGUUUUUUUUGAAUUAGCGAGUCAUUUCUAAUAUUUCAAAAGAGGAGCAUCCAUCCUUGGUCUGUUUUUUCCCAAAGACAAAAAACUGACUUUCUAAGAAGUGUCUACAGUCUUCAGAAUGAAUGUAGAUUCAUGCAACGACUGCUAGUUUCUGACUCUAAAAGCUCAACGACUAGUAAUGAUGCAAACAGUGGCUCCUCUACCUCGAGUACCAGUCAUGGUUCUGGUACAACUACGACCAGUGCAACUGGCCACGAAGGUGCCAAGAAACACAAUCAUCACGGUGGCUUCGUGA